AUGAGUUUAGUGGGAGAUUGUAGCUGAGGUAUGGCAUUGUCUAGUUCUACACCUUCCCCAUAGGAAUCUCAUAAUCAUGGUCUUUUGGAUUUUCCUGUCACCAGAGAGCAAAUUAAUCACUAUCGAGCUGCAGCUGAAACUGCUCAAAGUGAACUUGCAGCACUUUCAGUGAAGUAUGAUUGUGCCAAGUCAGAGCUUCUUGAACUCAGGUCCAGAAUGGUCUCUAGAGAAGCCUCUUUUCAAGAUCUGAAGGCUGAAGCUGAAAGCUACAAGGAAGACAAUGCUAGACAGAUGUCUCGCCUCCUGUCUUUGCAAACCCGAAUUCAAGAGAUGGAGGAAGAGGCACGAGCACUUGCCACUUCUAAAAACCAGGCUGAGCUAACAGCUCAGGCAGCAUUCAAGGAAAACUGGGAGCUGAAGGAGGACCUUCAUGGGCAAAAUGCCAAACUUAAUAAAUAUUUGAAUGACUGUGAAGAAAGCAUGACUCAAGCUUCUAAAAUCAGCAGAAAGUAUGAAGAGCUCCUUACACAGCUCUCAGGAUUCCUGGACACAGACAUCAGAGAAAAAGAGAAACCACAGGAACAUUUAAUGUCAAAGGUCUCUGAAAUAUGUAAAGAAAAUCUGACACUAAAAGAGCAGGUUGCUGCUCUUCAAGACACAAUCACCACCCAUGAGAUGGAGUCCAAAGCUAAUAGAGAAACUAUCAUGAGGCUGGUUUCAGAAGUGACCAAGGAGCAAAAAAAGGCAGCAGGAUACUGUCAAGAAAUGGAAAAACUUAGUAAGGAUCUUGACAGUGCUAUAAUAGGAAGACAGAGUUUGGAGCUGGAGAUCAGAAACCUCCAAGAUAAAGUGACUGCUAACCAGAUGGCUUUGGAUACCUCAAAUCAGGAACUGCAGAAUCUGAAGAAAUCUUCCACUGAGUUGAAUGGAAGUUUGAAGAGCAGCAGAGAAGAGGCCAAGACUGCUCAGAGUUCUUUUGUGGCUUUUAAAGAGGAAAUUGCUACCCUACUUAGCAGUGGAUCUGCAAUAGUUAAACCUUCUGAGAAAGCUAUUCUUGAAAAGAUCCAAGAAUUAAGUUGCAAAGAGGAGAAUAAAGAAAUAAUGGUAUCCCAGCUUGAAAACCAAAUAUCUAGAUUGACUCAAGCUUUGGAAAAUCAGACCAGAUUGUACCAAGAAGCUUUGCAGAGGAGCAGGAAAGCUGAGAAAUGUUCUGAGACUUUGCAGGAUCGACUGAAACACUCGGAAGAGGAAUUACUCUCUGUAGUUCUGAUGCAAGAUGGUUUGAAGCUUGAGAAACAAAAAUACCUGAAAUUUCUGGAACAACUUAAUGAGAAGAUGAAGCUGGACAGCCUAGCAGCAGAGGUUGGAUUUGAUAUGAAUUUGGAUGUGAUUCUGGCUCGGGUAGAGCAGUUGAUUAAACUGGAAAGUGAUGCAGUGAUUGAAAACAAGACUAUGGCAUAUAGUCUCAGAAGGAAGUUGAAGACUCAGAAAGAAAAACUGGAAAGCAAAGAGCUGCACAUGAACCUUCUGCGGCAGAAAAUAACCCAGCUGGAAGAAGAGAAGCAAGUAAGGACUGCCUUGGCUGCAGAGAGGGAUGAGGCCAAUCUUACUGUCAGAAAGUUACAUAAGAUGAUAGAGAGGUUACAGAAGCAGCUUGAUCUGGCAAAAGAAACCAACACUAAUCUCAAAGCCAAGCUGUCUGAAACCAAUGAACUUAAGAUUAAAACUUUGGAGCAGAGCAAAACAAUAGAAGAACUCAACAAGUCUCAAGGUGAAUUGGAAAGAAUGAAAGAAAAGGCUGAGAAGCAACUUACCUCUGUCAAAUCAGAACUUCUUUUAAAGGAGCAUAAAGCAACUGAAGAGAAGGAAAAAACCAAAAAUAUGUUAGAAGCAGUUACCAGUGAGAUGAAGCUGCUUAAAACAACUCUUGCAGAAUUAACAAAAAGAGAACGACAGCUGGCAGAUUUUCGAGAGGUGGUCUCACGGAUGUUGGGUCUCGACAUUGCCAGCCUGGCUCUUCCUGACUAUGAAAUCAUUGCGCGUCUUGAAGGGUUGAUUCACUUUCAUCAGCACCACUUUUUCCCCUGUGUCUGCCCCAAAGAUGUGGCAGUGGCACCAGAGGAACGUUCAGAAAGAAAGAAACAGCUUCUUUACUGAAUACAUGUCUUGUAAGGAGACUGAAAAAAGUAAAAUAUUCUUUCCUGCUUUCCUACUUUCUAGACAUGCACAGAAAACAACUUUUUAUUUCUGUUCCCUCCUUUAGAGGUACUGACUUGGGCUGAUUUUUAUUAUUUUAGUUAAGGAGACUGUGAUGAAUGGAGAGAGUGAAACCUAGAGAAAGCAAACAGAAAAUCCCUGGACAAUAUGAAAAUGACAGACAGUAUGUGAACAAUAUUUAGCCCUCCUGUUUCACUGCAGAGGUGUUGAAGGCACAGACCCUUGAGGUCAGUUCACAGUUUUGGAAAGUACUUGCUAAUGAAUGUCAGCUUUAUCGACAUUCUUUUUGCUUUACCUUUGGGUCACAGGGAUGAAAUAAAGGAGGGGUUGUCUCACUGCUGUUCCCUUUGCAAAGUGGGACUUCUCUGUAUUUCUACUUCAAAGGAAUUCAGACAGUUAGCUGGAAGUUAGAGAACUAUCACAAUUUUGGAACAAGGGAUUUUUUUCUUCUGUUGUUUACUUUAGUUUGCUCUUGUGCCAAAACAAAAAUUUAUGCUUUUUCAGCAGAAACUCUUCAACGGGGUCCAGUCAUGUGCCUGGUGUACAUAUAUUUGAUAAAACUAUAUGUUGCCCUUGGUCAUGAUGCCUUGAAAAUUUUUUUUCUAGCUGCUGUGUACCUCGAGCA